AUUUUCAAACCCGUCUAAACUUGUCCCAAACUUCGCAGUGUAAACUCGUUUUCGAAAUCCGUUCAGCGUUUGUACAUUUUUGUGCCCGCCUUGAGUAUUCCUACACUGUAUUUAUCCGUCACAUCAUAGUGUUGAUAUUCAUUCUUGAUUCCUCUGCUAUAUCUGCCCAAGAAUGAGUGACGAGGGGCGAGUUUUCGCCGAGGCCCUGGAGAAAGCCAAGAAGAUCGCCCAGCAAUUAGCCGGAGUGAAGCGCAGCGCAGAGGAUGACGGCGGAGCGGCAGGAACUCCGGUGAAACGUUUCGGCCUGGGCGCUCCCGGAGCUGCGGGGAUGAAUGGGAACGCCGUCGGGUUCCCCACUCUGGCUGUACCAAUUCAGGAGGAGUGGACCGUGCCCAACCGGAUGGUGGGGCUAAUUAUAGGGAAAGGGGGAGAAAACAUCAGUCGGAUCCAGGACAGCACCGGAGCCAAAUUGCAGCUGGGGCAGGAACCACAGGGCGACAAGCGCUCCUGCAUCAUUUAUGGGACGCCGAGCGCCAUCGCGAAAUGUAAAGAAAUGGUGAACGAAAUCAUUGAAAAGGAAGGCCAGCGGCAUGCGCCCGUUCCGACGGGAAUGAUGGGCGGGGGUGGGCCUGGGGGCGGCAUGCAGCACUCGCUGGGCAUCGUCACUAUUGAGGUGCACGUGCCCAAACACAAAGUGGGCCAGGUGAUCGGCAAGGGCGGCGAGACGAUCCGCAUGCUGCAGGAGAAGGCCCGCGUCCGAAUGUUCCUCAUCCAGGAGGUGGAGGCCGCUUCCCCCACCAAACCCAUUAAGAUCACCGGGGAUCCGGAUCGGGUAGAGUACGCCAAGAAACUGGUGGAAGACAUGAUCAACACACCGGAUGUCGGCGGACCCGGCGCUGGCCAGGUGCAGGAGCAGAUCCGCGUACCCAAAGCCAGCGUGGGCAUUGUUAUCGGCAAGGGCGGCGAGACCAUUCGGGAUAUCCAGAAUGAGACGGGCGCACGCGUACAGUUCAUUGGUUUGGAUAAUCCGGCGGAGAACGACAAGACCUGCCUGAUCAGCGGGAAGCCCCUGCAAGUGCAGGAGGCCAAGCGUAUGGUGGAAGAGCUGCUGCAGAAUAGUACGCAGAUCAUGAAGAACCCUAUGCAGCGCAAAUUCGAUGUAGAGGAGACCUACCGCGUGCCGGCCACAAAAACCGGAGUGAUCAUUGGCAAAGGUGGUGAAACGAUUCGGCAGAUUUGUGAGCGCUCCGGCGCCAAAGUGGAGCUGGAUCGCAAUCAUCCAGCCACGGCGGAGGAUCGGGUGUUCUGGAUGCGGGGAUCACGCAUGUGCGUGGACGCAGCCAAGCGGCUGAUUGACGAGAAACUGGCAGACCAGGCGAGAAAUUACGGCGACGGGACAAGUCGACCACCGGGCGGCGGGGGUGGCUACUACGACGGCGGCGCCGGCAUGAACUGGAUGGAUCCCAAUGCGCAGGCCGCCGGAGAUCCUUCGGCGGCAUUUUGGAACGCCUACUGCCAGCAGUACUACUCAAUGAUGGGCAACAUGCCCGGCGGACCACCAAUGCCCGGAGGGCCAGGCAUGGCACCCGGGAUGCCCCCGGGUGCGCCCUUCAUGCCGGGUAUGCCGCCUGCUGAGCUCGCUCAGACAGUUCCCACGGCCGUCCCCGAUCCGCAAGCGUCAGCGGCAUCCUACUACUACCAGGCCGCCGCCAACCCCGCGCCCCAACCCCAACCUGCCCCCGCCUCGGCGGCGGCGGUCACCACCACGGAAGAUGGUGGUCAGGAUUUUAGUCGCGCUUGGGUGGAGUAUUAUCGGUCGGUGGGUCAGCAUAAGGAAGCCGACGACCUGGAAGCCAUGAUCAAGGCUAAAGAAGCUGCCGGCCAGUGAGAUACCAUCGAUACAAAGACCGUCUAUGGGCGGCAUUGUUUUUGAAAUUUUUUUUCCACGAAGCGUGUCAAGAGCGGCAUUGCACCAGACACUUUUGUUUUUUCGUUUGUUAUUUAUUGCACCGUUUAUCUUGCAGAUAAACUUCGCUGAUUUUCUUUUGGAGUAAAUCGUGAGUUUCUUUUUCUACACUGAAUGACUAAUUUUUAUUCUGAGUUGCAUGAUUGCACUCGUUGGAUGCACGCAUUGUAGUGGUUUACCGUAUUCUGGGAAUCGUGUCGUGUGGGGAAUGUGUGAGCAGUGUUAUUCCAUUAUCUGGCAUCUGUAUAAAUUGCUUCCGUUCAAGUUUGCGCCGGAAUUGAAUGCUUUACAGCGUGCAGUGGCUUGCCUGUUAAGUUGUUAACUGGUUAUUCCAUUUUGUGUUUGUUGUCUGUAUUUAAGAAAAGAAUUGUUUUUCGAAUAACCAUGUAACACAUAC